AUGUAUGUGUAUGGCAUAAUUGAAAAUCUGAACAUUGUUGUUGUGUUUCAUAGGAAGAAGCUGAUCAGAUUCGUGAUUGAAAGUUCGACCAAGAGGAAGUUUGCUGCGAAGUUAGUGUCGACGGACCAUUCAGAGCUGUCAAAGAGGGCAUUGGAGAAGUGUCUGCUAAGAAACCUGGUGCUUCCAAUGAGGUCGAAGCUCUUGUGUUUGUCGGUAGAUGAGCUCAAGAAUCUUACAGUGAAGUUCUCUCCAUCGAGCAGACCGUUGAAGAAUCGCAAGCAGUACGUCAAGGCUCUGAUCCAUUCGAAAUUUCGCUGUCUGUCAAACGCUGAGCACUCGCCUCGCAAUCGUGAACUUCAGGCUGUCUCUAUCGAUGUGAGGAGGCAUUUUCCGACGAGGAAAGAAAAGCUGAGAGUCAUAGAGUUCUAUCACUUCACUAUGAAGACGUUCGUUCUGCUCCUCAAUGAGCUCUGCAGUAUGAGAUUCGAUGAGCUCUAUCACAUGCUUUCCCGCCAUGGACGCGCACCUGGGAAUCUCACGAGCAACGGAAAUAUCCGUGGGCGGAUGAAAAAAGCGCAUGUAGGCAAUGCGUGGGUGAUGGAGAUAGGAAUCACUGCAAUGGAUCGAAUUACCAAGAUCGAUCUUGUAUUCGGUUGUUUAUUUCACGAGAUGCCCGAGAUUACGAAUUGUCUUGUUGACGAUUAUUUCAUAUCAGCAUUGCGAUCAAUAGGAGCUGAAAACAGAACUUGUUACAUGGUAGCACACCGUGUGCGGCAGAGACUUUGCCAGUCUUAUGGAGUGAAGUAUAUCUCAACCAACGGUAGAAAUAGAUGGCUCGUUCACCAUCUCAAGACAAAACUGUGCUUCGUUGUGGAGGACGCAAUCAUCUGCCUCCAUUCUGCCUUUCUUCAUGCUUCCAAGUUGAAAAGGCUGCUCGUUCACGAAGACAUCUCAUGGAAUCUGACUUUCUCCGACAUCAUUGCAACCGAGCAAGAAUCGAACACGUGUGAAAAGUCUUGUCAAACCCUUGAAUGUCACAGUCCAGAAUUCUCGUCUGAGUUGUGUUUGAAGUACAGCGCUGGACUGUGCAAACCGAAGGAGAUUGUUGGAUCGGAUUUCUUUCUGUUUGAGUGGUUGAUGCUCAAAGAAUGCUGGUGA